UUUCAUGUUCUCUCAUCUUUCCAUACUAACCACUGAAAAAAGAGAUGAAUAUUUUCCAAUUAUCUUUCUUUCUUCUUCUUUUCCAUUCCCUAUCUCAAGCCCAGCAGCUCCACAAUGAGUUAUACUAUACUAACUGCUCGGUAACUAAUUACACUGCUAAUACCACCUUUGAAACUAAUCUCAACUCGCUCUUCCCUAUUCUAAUUUCCAACGCUCGUUUCGUCACCUUCUUUUACACCGAAAAGGGCAAAAAUCCCGACAUUGCAUACGGCCUCUUCCAUUGUAGAGCUGACGUUACUUUCAACACCUGCAGUGCCUGCGUCGACCAGGCGACUCAAGAUGCCAAACAGUGGUGCCCCAAUAGGAGACGAGCGGUCUUAUGGUAUGAUUACUGUAUGAUGCGUUACUCAGACCGUAAUUUCCAAUCCAUGUAUGAUUCAUCAUUCAAUCCGAUAGUGUUGUCUCGAAGCGCUCACAAUACAUCAGACCCACGACCAUUUAACCAGACGCUGAAUGGCCUGUUGCAAAAUCUUACUUCAGAGGCCUUGACGACGCUUGAUCUUUCUGUUCGGAAUAUGGCGAUGGGAGAAGCUAAUUUUAUAGCCUCUCGGAAGAUAUAUGCAAUUGUGCAGUGUACCCCUGAUUUAUCGAGAAAUGACUGCAAUACAUGCUUGCAAACGACUAUUUCAGAGAUUCAGGUGUGUUGCAAUGGAAGGGACGGGGCGUUAAUUAGCGGAGCGAGCUGUGCUAUGAGGUAUGAAGUGUUUCCUUUUUAUGCUGGUGCAGCGUCCGUUCCUCCUCCUCCUCCUCCUCCUCCGUCAGUUACUGAUUCUUCAUCAGGGAAUGGAGGGAACCGAUCAAAGAUUGUAAUCUUUGUUAGUGUGGCAUCAGUUGCAGGGUUGACUCUAUUCGGUUCUUGUGUCUACUGCUACCGACGAUGAAAGAGGGGGUCUCCAAAAGCGAAAGGGAACAGGAACCAUACACUAUUAAAUUACUUGGGACCUCCGGUUGGUUCAGAAGUCAUGGACUCAAGCUUGAAUGGUGAGCAAACACAAGAUCUGCCAUUAAUUGAUUUACUUACAAUACAAGCUGCUACAAAUAACUUCUAUGAUGGAAAUAAGCUCGGAGAAGGUGGAUUUGGCCCCGUAUAUAAGGGAAUGCUACCUGAUGGCAAGGAAAUAGCUGUAAAAAGGCUUUCACAGAGUUCAGGGCAAGGUCUACAAGAAUUCAAGAAUGAAGUCACAUUGAUCGCCAAACUCCAACAUAGGAACCUUGUGAGGCUCAUGUCUUGCUGUAUAGAGAGAGGAGAGAAGCUGCUCAUCUAUGAAUACAUGCCAAACACCAGCCUUGAUGUCUUCCUCUUUGACCCAGUCAAGCGAGUUCAGUUAGGCUGGGAAAGAUGCCAAGAUAUUGUAGGUGGAAUUGCAAAGGGCCUUGUUUAUCUCCACGAAAAUUCAAGACUCAGAAUCAUUCACAGGGAUCUAAAAGCUAGCAAUGUUUUGUUGGACCAUGAGAUGAACUCAAAAAUUUCUGACUUCGGAAUGGCACGAUUUUUGGGUGGAAAUGAAAGCCAAGUCCUAACCAAUAGAGUCGUCGGAACAUACGGCUACAUGGCACCAGAGUAUGCUAUGGGAGGGAGAUUCUCCGUGAAAUCUGAUGUCUAUAGUUUUGGAGUUUUACUACUAGAGAUUCUAAGUGGAAAAAGUAACAAUGGUCUCAAUUUUCCUAACAAUGCACAGAGCCUCCUGACUUAUGCAUGGGAAUUAUGGUGCGACGGAAGAGCUUUGAAGUUGAUUGAUUCUUUGUUAACCCAAACAUGUCCGACGAGUGAAGCAUUGAGAUGGAUCCACAUUGGGCUACUAUGUGUUCAACAAGAUGCAGCGGAUAGGCCCACCAUGUCCUCGGUUGUUCUCAUGCUUGGAAGUGAAUCUAUGGAUCUCCCACAACCUACUCAGCCAGGAUUUUUUAUCUCAAGGGUGGUCACCGAAUCAGAUCAAUCUUCAGGAAGUGCCAAAAUCCACUCUAUAAAUGAGAUAACUAUAACUACUCUACAACCCCGAUGAGUAGGCCUAUCUGAUCAGUCAGUCUCAUGCUCUCAUGAGUUGGGAUGUGACAUGUCCAUCCAUCAUGGUUCCACCUUGUCUUACAAAAAUAAAAAAAUAAAAAAAUGUAUGCUUGUAUUGAUGGCUUCUCCAGUGAGUUCCCAUCCUUUAGAGUUGCAUAGUGGCUUGAUGGACUUGAAAAAUUUACGGAUUAUGUUUAUUGAAGUUUCAUUAUACAUUUCAAGAUCCUAUCUGUUAGCAAUCAUUUUCCAGGCCCAAAUAGUCUUGCAUGAUUCCGUGUUGAGUUUGGCUAGCUAGUUUCUGGUUUUUAACAUGAGCUGCAUAAUGAGUAGCUGAUCUUGUCCUUGUUUGUCUGAAUUUUUGACAGCAUACUAUGUAAGGUUUAAGCCAUUAAUAAAGAAGUGUAUGCAUGUUCUUUCUUC